GUCAAAAACACAUGUGGGCAUUGGCCACGCUGGAGUAUUUUUUCUCAUUCUCCUUACGGCAACUCUCUGAGUAGUGUGACCUUCAGUAUUUGACUGAGAAUACUUUAUUGUUCACAAGGGGCUGCAAUACCUGUAUAAUGGACAGAGAUGAGACAGACGCCGAUGGGUUGACUGAUGACGUAAUCAUAACAAGUUCGACAUACAGCUGCUUACCCCUUAAGAACAGGCCCGCGCACCGACCAGACAGCGUACGCUCGUGGAUAGUAUGCGCAGCGGGAGUGUUUUCAUCUGUAAUUUCGGUCGGGACGACGUACAGCUUUGGACUGCUAUACCCGUCACUAUUGGCUCAUUUCAAGCAAGGGAAGGUCGUUACAGCUUGGGUUGGAUCUCUGGCGUGCGCCAAUGCUUGUUUCCUGGGCCUAUUAGCGGCUCUGCUUCUCAGUCGUUUGGAUCCUCGGCUCGUCAUUGUGAUAGGGGCCCUUUGCUGUAGUCUGGGACUCUUUCUAACGUCUCAAGUGAGCGCCUUAUGGAUGAUGUUCCUAAGCUAUAGCUUGCUGUUUGCCUUUGGAGCCUCGUGCGUCUAUGCCACGGUGUUUUCUGUCGUCCCAAAAUACUUUAUAAAGACACGUGCCCUGGCGACUUCGCUUAUUGCCGUGGGGCCUGGGGCGGGAAUGUUCAUCAUGAGCCAAGUCACGGAUAUAUCCUUGAAUUCGAUUGGCUGGCGUGGGGCGUUGAUGGUUCUCGCGAGCCUGCACAUGUUGCUAUGCGUGUCAGCGGUACUGUUUGAUCCACACAUCGAGAGGGUAGAGAUGAAGAAAGGAAAGUGUGGCGGUGUGUGGCUGAAGUACCAGGAAAGAUCACGCAGUAACGUGUGGACAAACAGAGUGUUUAUGGCGGUUAGCAUCGCAAUUCUGGUGAACCUCAUUGGAUUAUCUAUCCCACAGCUGCACAUGGCGCGGUACUGUGAGGACCUUGGAAUGGAGCUCUCACGGGCAUCCCGCUUAUACAUGGCAUUCGGAAUCCUGUCGAUGCUCUUUCGGGUCGUCUCCGGGCGACUCUCGGAUACUAUAUGGAUGAACCCCCGGUACCUAGGGCAGAUCGGUAUGCUUGUUCUAGGCGUGUCGACUUUACUUUGUCCCCUUGCCAAGAGCUUUACUUCACUGCUUGUGUACUUCAGUGUUCUCGGUGCCGGGGAUGGGCUAUACGCCGGAGCUGUUAAUAUCAUGCUUCUGGCGUCUGUACGCGAGGAAGCGUACCCAAAAGCUACUGGCGCCAGUCUCGUCAUUAUGUCAGUUGGCGUCGCUGGGGGUCCACCUCUUGGGGGGUUUAUCGCGGACAGUCUCGGAUCGUAUAUACCAGCAUUCUAUGUGGCAGGAAGCUUCAACAUUCUAGCAUCCUUGGUGUUAUUCUUUGCUAUUACGUCACGAAGUCACAGCCAAUCAAAUCGCGAGGAAUUUAAUGAGUUCUUGGAGGAUUCACCAGUGACAGAAAAAGUCACUGUUGUAUGAUCUGGCGAAAUAACGAUUGUUGUAAUAUCGGCUUUUUUAUUUUUGAUUUAAUUUGUGGCUGCAAAUGUGCAUGUCACGAGACCAAGGCAUAUCUUCCUCUUAUCACACAUGUUCUUUUCAUUUUUUCCCUGUCUCCAAGACUUUUUUCAUAUGGGGCUCUUCUGGAAUGUUUUCUCUAAAUGCGCGAGGGCCUGCUUGGGGCUUGUAGGGGCGAGGGUAUACACGUGUAAGCUCAUCCAAGGCGUCUCCUUCCUUCUGCCCUUUGCGCGCAUUUCGGAAUAACCCUUAAAUGAGAACCGGCUAGCGUGCAGUUGUUCCCCUUACGCAUUAUUAGGGUCGUAGCAAAAGAAGAUACGAUGUAAAUAAGAAAAAUGGUGGACAGACGCAUGCGCGGUGGAGCUUGUCAUCUUUUUGUCUUAUUUUAGCAUUUUCGUGGAAACGUAUUGCUUCAAAAUGAAAACACCUUGUGUAGAUACUGAAUUACUUCAAACGGAACACGAAUACGUCACGUCGUACAUCCACGUAUCAGGGGCGGCGAAAGAGGCUGGGGGAGGCGGGUACCUGGGCGUCACAUAGAGUACUUCCAAAAAUGAAUAUAAACAGUUUUAAACAUG